UGUCGAUCUUAAAGUAAGAGAAGGGUGUAACCUAAUUAUCUCCAUCGGAGUGUCGAGUUGAGUCGGGCAUAUUAACCGGAUGUCGGCCACACGGCCCAAUCGAGUAAUUUAUUGCUCAUCUAUAGUAUUGGGGAUUCACGGAACCCGGAUUAUAGGUGUGCAGUAUGUCGUGGAUAGAUGGAUAGGCUGAUUUGGCGGAUCCCCAAUUUGUUACCCAUCAACCCUUAUGUAGGAUAGAUAAGAGGGGUCCUCCAGCCCUCCCGGGUUGUCGGUGUAUCCAUUUCUUGGGAGAACUCACCUUGUCACCCUGCCAAGACGAGCCAAGAAUUAAGAAUUUCCGAAAAGAAAACAUGGGACUGUCCAGCCUGUUCCCUGACGUCUACAUCAGCCUAGACAGCUGGUGGUGGCACUUUCUGGAGCGGUACGUGUACGCGCUGCCGCCGCCGCCGCCACGCACCCGGACCCGGCCCAUGGAGGUCAUCUGCGUGGGCCUGCCGCGGUCCGGCACCGAGUCGCUGCAGCAGGCGCUCCUGGCCCUGGGCUACGACCACACGUACCAUGGGUGGGACAUCGUCUACGACGAGCAGUGCUACUCGCCGGGCUGGGUGGCGCUGGCCCGCCGCAAGUGGUUCCCCAGAGAGGGGGACGGUGACGCGCCCAUAUCCGCUGCCGACUUCGACGCCCUGCUCGGCCACUCGGUCGCCGUCACCGACGCCGCGGCGAGCGUCUUCGCUGCCGAGAUGAUCGCCGCGUACCCCGAGGCCAAGGUUGUGCUCAACAUGCGGCGCGACGUGGACGCGUGGCACCGCAGCGUGCUCAACACGCUGGUCAAGGUGAACGACAGCUGGGCGUUCUGGAUCGCGAGCUUCCUUGACAGGGAGUGUUUCUGGGCAUGGCACGUCUACGAGAGGUUCCUAUGGCCGUUGCUCUUCAGGGGGCCGGAUGGGAGCAUGGCCAAGGCUAUAGAGAGGAAUGCCAAGUGGGUUUCUAGAGAACACUGCAACAUGAUCCGCGGCCUAGUUCCCAAAGAACGGCUACUCGAAUGGUAUGUUGAGGAUGGUUGGGAGCCUCUUUGCGAGUUCUUGGGGAAACCCGUCCCGGAUAUGAAGUUCCCCCGUGCAAAUGCAGCAUCGGGGGGUUGGAAGUCUCGAGAAGAACAGUGUAACGAGAGGUGGAUCCAGGGGGCCUUCAGGAAACUGUCACUUGUCUUCUUGGUAUUGCUUUGGGCGAGUGUAUUGUUGUUGAGGCGCUAUUUGUAGCCAACGCUUCAAACGCACUCAAUGGAAACGUUUAUGGGCGUCUGAACUCCCAUGUUGGCAGAUAUCAUCGGCGAGACAGGAUUUGUCUCAAUGGUGGCAAUAUACUUGCACCCAAUAUCCUGUAUCAAAUUCUUGUUGUCAGCAUCCAAUGAGCACUUAUGAGCGUACUUCGCCAACUUUCUAAUCCAGGGGUUCGGUGUGCUUCAUGCUGCCACUGUUCGUAGUCUCGUAUGCCCUGCUUCAAAACCUCCAAUUGAGACUUCAUUCCCGC